UCAUGCAUGCAUGCCGCCACACUUUUUGGAGCUGUGGACUGGGAGGAGGAGGAGGAGGUUCGGUAUUAAUAAUGCGGAGGAAGCAGGCAUCACAGCAGUUGCAGCAGCACUAGUGGCACAGCGGUCGCGGAACACACACACACAGGGGCAGGGCACUCUUCACACUGGGAGAAGGUUGAUCGAGUCGUUGUGCGUCGCGCCGCGCCCGCGCGUACCCGGAGGGAGGCUUGUUUGAUUGACAGGUUGGAGGCACGGAGCGCCCCGGCGUUCGGCAGAUACGGACCGCAGAACGGUCUAUCAUCUCCACGGCUACUUCUGUACUUCUUCAUUUCCAGGCGGGCUAUAUCUGUGAUGUGAAAUACCUUUUCUGUCCCGUGCCCCCCUCCCCCCAUGCAGAUCACUCUGCAAACUAGGGCAAGUAAAGGAAGCCGUUUGUACCACCAACCCCACCACCACCAGCACCACCGCCACCACCUCCUCCACCACCACCACCACUACCUCCACCCCACUCCCCCAGCUUCAGCACCGAAGAACUGUCGGCUCUUUCAGGCGCGGGGAUCCAGGACGUUUUGGCUUCGUGUUCGCCAGCAGUGGGGCACCCGGCUCCCGUUCGCCUUCUAGUCUGACCUGGGCAGAGUUGGGAAGUGAAAGCCUUUCGCUGUGCGUCUGUCGGGCUCAUAGGCUUUCGUAGAAAAAAGAAAAGGAAACGAAGCUUCGUUUCAUUUUGCGAUUGUUUUUUGUUGGUUUGGGAAUGCUCCGCUGGAUGAGGAGCCGCACCUGCUCUCCUGCUCUCCUGCUCGGGAUCCGUUCAGCUCGCUUUGGGUUCAUUUUAACUUUGAGAGUUGGAGGUGCAGCAUCAGAAUAACUAUUUGGCGAAUACUCUGUUUUUUCUUCAUUGGAAUAACGGAGCAGUAUCCCCAAGACACUCGGGGGGGAAGUAAGUAGUGUUAGUGCGUAACGGGAGCGGGCGGUGUGGCCCCUGUGAGCUUGAGAUGGCAGCGGGGCUCCGCGUAGAUCCUCAGCUCGGGUGAAGUUGAGUCUCCUGCCUCCGUACCCUUCUACAGAGCAACGUUUCUUUCUAUCCAUGGAGUUCAUUAAACGGAACAACUAGAAUAACCCAAAAAAGGAACUAGCUUUGCGUUCUCUCUAGUACGCCUGGGAUAUCAGGCGGGUCUCGGUCUUGCGGUUCUCCGGAGAAUGGUAAAUGACACAUGGGGAAUCAUGAACAGCUCUUCAGAACUCGAAGAUGGACCUCGGCAUAAAAAUCAGCCGUUGUGUGAGUGUGUUCCCAGAGCCCCGCAGCUCAAACACCGCUGGUCAGACUCAGAACCAGCCAGAGAGCCCGCCCCCAAGAGAAUGAGCUGUAGCUACCUCCUGUGCACCAUCCUGCUCUUUGUGGCCGUCCUGCUGGCCGUCACCGUCACCGGCACCAUCCUCUUCAUGAACCACUACCAGGCCCCGUCCAUCUCCGACGGCCCGCCGCACAUCUCCACCAACCAGGACGAGGCCAACGCCCUUGUCACCGUGGAGAGGGGCGACGGCUCGCGCAUCAACAUCUUCAUCGACCCCAACUGUCCCGACUACAACGGCAACUUCCUGCGGCUGGAGGGCGUGCAGACCUCCCUACUGCACUCGCUGACCGACCACGACGCCGACCUCAAGUCGGUGAAGGGGCAGGACCGCGCCCUGCUGGUCAGCCUGGCCGAGGAGGUGGCCAAGCUGUCGGCCCACGCCGGCCAGCUCAAGAUGGACUAUGAGUCCCUCCGGCGGGGCCAGGGCAGCCUGGGCCAGGACCUGAACACGCUGCAGACGGAGCAGGGCCGCCUCAUACAGCUGCUGUCUGACAGCCAGAUCAACAUGGUGAAGGUGGUGAACUCGGUGAGCGACGCACUCAACGCCAUGCAGAAGGAGAACGUGGGGCUGAAGGCCCGUGUGAAGGCCGACCUGCAGCGGGCACCGGUCAGGGGGGUGCGCCUCAAAGGCUGCUCCAACGGCUCCCGCCCCAGGGACUGUGGGGACCUCUACGCCAGCGGCCAGAGGGAGGACGGCAUCUACUCCGUGUUCCCGGUGCACCAGCCCGCAGGCUUCCAGGUCUACUGCGACAUGACCACGGAUGGAGGCGGCUGGACGGUGAUCCAGCGCCGGGAGGAUGGCUCAGUGAACUUCUUCCGAGCCUGGGACUCCUACCGUGAGGGUUUCGGCAAGAUAACAGGGGAACACUGGCUCGGUCUGAAGCAGAUGCAUGCCCUCUCCAUUCAAGGCAACUACGAGCUCCGCAUCGACAUGGAGGACUUUGAGAACAGCACAGCGUUCGCCCAAUACGGCACCUUUGGAGUGGGCCUCUUCUCCGUCGACCCCGAUGAUGACGGGUACCCUCUGACCGUGGGGGACUACUCAGGCAACGCCGGCGACUCCCUGAUGAAGCACAACGGCAUGAAGUUCACCACGAAGGACCGGGACAACGACCAUUCGGAGAACAACUGCGCCUCCUUCUACCACGGCGCCUGGUGGUACCGCAACUGCCACACGUCCAACCUGAACGGGCAGUACCUGCGCGGCCAGCACACCUCCUACGCCGACGGUAUCGAGUGGUCCUCCUGGACGGGCUGGCAGUACUCCCUCAAGUCCUCCGAGAUGAAGAUCCGGCCCACCCGCGAGGCCGAGAGCAAAUGAGACCCGCGGAGAGACCGCCGACCCCC